AUGAUCGGUAAACUAUACACAACUGACUGGGCUGAUGUCGGAGGUCGGAGGAUCGGAAAGGUUGGUCCAAGCUCCUCCAAAAAGCUCGAAGUCCAGAAGACUACAUACGGGAUGUCUCCCCUCCACCUCUCUAGCACCUCACGAGCACUGUACCGGGUAUUCGUCGCACCCCCGCCGUUGUUAUCCCAGAAUGUCCUCAAGCCAAGGACCAUCCUCCGCACCAUAGUGUAUAAGAAACCAGUGCGGCGACAUGCGCUCUCCGACACCUAUACCAUCGAUAACGCAAUCACUGCGCCUUACAUAAACUUAGUCGACCUGGACGGCAACUUUCACCACAACUUUCCACGCGACCAGGUUUCAUACGACCGUGUACAGAACCAUCUACUUCUUGUCCAAGGAGCAGGUUCGGAAAAUGACGAAUCGGCCAUCCCGACCUGCAAGAUUAUUUCCAAGAUCGAUCUUCGCGCACGACAGCAGAAGAAGUUGGAUGCUGAGAGGCGGAGAGACACAGGUCAGAGCAGUGGGCCGAGCGCAAAAAACUUAGAGCUCAAUUGGGCAAUCGCGGGUGGUGACCUCAAACAUCGGCUUGAAAAGAUGAAAGGGUUUCUUCGAGAUGGAAGAAAGGUGGAACUCUUGUUAGGUCCAAAGAGAAGAGGCCGAGCAGCGACGAUAGAGGAGUGCAAGAAGGUAGUCACUAGCAUACGCGACGCUGUGGCGGAAGUCAAGGGAGCAGCACAAUCCAAGGAGCCCGAAGGAGUCCUUGGUGGGGUCAUGACACUCGUCUUUGAAGGAAAGAGAUUGGAGUCAAAGGACAAGGGAAAGCAAUAG